AUGUCAGACAAGAUGCCCACGCCGCCGCGAGAGGAGGACAAGACGGAAGGCAAGACCGAGUCGCCACCGGGCACGAGAGGCGAGGGCGGCAAGGUGCUCUUUGCGGUGGCGCUGGUGCUGGCCUGCGGGUGGCUGGUGCUGACCCGGAAUCCUGCGACGGGCGUCCACGACAUGCCAGCUGCCGUUCUGCACCACUUUGAGUCGGGCGCUCUCGUCCCGAUCCGCAUGGGAAAGAGGAGGAUGGAGAUGUUUGUGGCAAGCGCAGGUCCGGUCCGGGCCGAAGAGACGCUGCUGGUCCUGCAUGGGGUGCCUGCCUCGUCCUUCUCUUUCCGCAAGGCUCUGCCGCCACUGGCCCGUGCUCUCAACACCGGCAGCCAUCGCUCCUUCCGCGUCGUCGCCCCGGACAUGCCCGGCCUGGGCCUGUCAGACAAACCGGAUCCCAGCGGCUUUGACUACUCCUGGCCGGGCCUGGCCGAGGCCGUCAUGGCCACUAUCGACGCGCUCCACGCCGAAAAGGUUCAUCUCGUCCUGCAUGACGUCGGCGGGCCGGUCGGCCUCGAGCUUGCUGCUCGCUAUCCGCAUCGUGUCGCAUCGAUCACCCUCCUCAACACUCUCCUUGAUCUGGGCCCGUUCUCCCGGCCCUUUCCCAUGAACGUCUUUGCAGGCAACCCAGUUGUCGCGCGGGCCCUCUUCAGGACCUUCACCGCCCAGAUCCCGCCGCUCACCUGGCUCAACGCCGCACUGUUUAAGUUCCGCGGCGCGGCGUCGAUCAGCGUGACCGACACAUCUGCUUACGGCUACCUGCUAGCAUACAACAAUGGGAUGGAGCCGUUCCUGGCCAUCAUGCACGGUUUUAACCUCUCUGCUGACCACACCCAGGUCCUCACCGCCCCGCUGACCUCAGGCGCGUUCCCGGUCGCCUACGUCCCCAUCGACGACGACGUUAUUCCGGGCCACCAAGCCGAGUUUAUCGCCUCGCUCGUCGCCUCGACUGGCGGGCAUGUGGUGAGUCCGCCUCUGGCGUCCAAGCACUUUGUGGGUGAGGAUGCUCCGGAUGCUCUGGCUGAUGCAGUCGCGGGCUUUGUCCUCUCGGCAACAACUGCGCCGCCACCGCCGCCGCCGCCCGUCGACAACAGCCACGGACACGGGCACGGGCACGGGCACGGGCACGGGCACGGGCACGGGCAUGGGCACGGACACGGGCAUGGACACGGGCAUGGUAUGGGCCACGGAUACGGCCUGUAG